CACGGGUAAAACAAGGACAUGCUCUGAAGAGACGUUUGCUUCGGGGAGCACAGCGGAUGCCACAGGUGUAGCCGCUGGGCUCAGCAGAGUAAUGGCUGUUCAGACUGCAAUCAUGAACCCUCAGUUCAUGAAUUUCUGCUUCCCUGGCUCUGUGAUGGAGUACGACGUGGAGAGGAGUCUGGAUGGGAGUCUCCUCGUCGAGGCGGAAAAUGACGAGGACUACAGAGAGACCACCAGGGACUUGCUGAGUUUCAUCGACUCGGCCUCCAGCAACAUCAAGCUGGCUCUGGACAAGCCGGUGAAAUCCAAGAGGAAAGUCAACCACCGGAAGUAUCUACAGAAGCAGAUCAAAAUGUGCACGGGCAUCGUAACGCCAGGGAACACAGCAGAGCCCCAGGUCAAAAGACAAGGUUCCCCCGUGGCUCAGCCCUUGCAGAGCAAAACUCCACCGAAACGUGACGGGGUCCAGGCCAGCUUACAGAGCAAGAGCUUGGCAGCCCUCUUUAACCCUGUGAAGGAUAUACGGGGUGAAAAGGCCAAGAAACCACCCCUGAGGCAUCGCAAUCUUCCCCCUUCUUUCUUCACCGAGCCUGCCAACUGCUCCAAAGUCAGCUCCACAUCCGGGAUGACGCUGAAGGACUUGGAGCGAGGCAAUCCUGAGGCCACGGAGUUCUUUGAGCUCUUAGGGCCCGAUUACAGCAACAUGGUCAGUGAACAGGACCUUUAUCAAAGUGUCCCGGUGCAGCCGGAGAUGGGGGCCCCGGAUCCCACUUCUUACGAUGCUCAGCAUUUAGUUGGUGGUCUCCUCUACUCGGAGCCCUGGACGAGCUGCUCAGGACCUUCUAAGAAACUCGGGGAAAGCCUGCGUACGGGUCUGACGCAGCCUCUUGUCUACUGUCCCUCUGAGGCGGUCUCCGGGUCCAUAGAGGACAACGCACUGUGCACUUUGGCCUUCCCGAACUUCUUCACUGACUGCUCCAUACCUCAGGCCACUUAUGAUUUAAGUGGUGGUUAUAACAGAGCAAAUUAUUCAUCUCUAUGAGAAAGUGAAAAUGCUGUGCUGGUGAAAAGCAGAUAAAAAUGUCUCUGACAAGUUUAACACUAGUCGAAGAGAUUUGCAUGUUACUGUAUCAUAUGUGUUCAUCUGUAGCGGAGGUUUGCAAGCGGAAUUCAACAUUUUGUACCAUUCCCCUCCCAACGACAAAAAACGAAACGCGUAUCGCUUUCUUUGAGAGAAACGAGGAACUAAAAAUGAUGUAUUUCAUUAAAGAAAAUAUCAAAAGCUUUUCAAGUAACUGGAUACCAUGUACUUUACAACAUCUUGGUUUAAUUUGCUGCACUGUUCUGUGAAAUAUUCAAAUGUUUCUCAAGUGGAUGUUGUUUUCAUUAUCUCGGUAUGGAAAUGUAACCGAUUCGUGGUCGGCUUCAGUUUUUUUACAGCUGAGUUUGUUCGUCUGCUCAUUAGAUUGUAUCUCAUCCAUCUGGGAAUCUGUUCAUGAAGAUAUAUUUAAUUAGAAAGAACAACACACAAGCUGAAGAAAUAGUUGUUUGUUUAGUCUACUAAAAGCCACCAGUUGCUAGGAAAAGGUAUUAUCGGACUUGCAUUCGACAAAACGUGCUGAAACAAUCGUCCCUGUUGGUAACUGGUCUGUGGAGAAUUUAUUUAGCUCAAAUUACUUUUCUAACGGUGUGUGGUGCCAUGUUUGUUUUCCACCAUUUUACAGCUCGGAAAUGAGCUGGCUGAGUGGCGACUUUUAUUCGUUUAGUUGGAACAGCCCUAAAUGUAUCUGGCUACUGCAAGAGGACAAAAUAAAGCUGGUCUUUAUUACUGUGACGACAGUGUCUGUGUCUGUGCUCAUUGCUGAUCAUGGAUGUUGUGAUUAUCAGAAUACAAGAGGGUACAAGGCACAACACUGCAUGGAAUAAAGUGUGUGUCUCUCAAAUACAUUUAUACAGUUUUAUACACGAGAGUUGAAAUGUGAUCAGUGAAGUAAAACAAUAUGGCAAUAUGUACAUUGUUAAAUACAGAUAGAAAGUCAGAUCAGCAAAUGUUGCUGAGUCUUUUACAUCUCAUCUUUUUACUGAUGCUUCUUUGCCGCGAUUUUGUUCCCACUAAAUUCUAUUUUUGCAUGUUUGUUGUAUUUAUUUAUUGAAGCAUUUUGUAACCCUUUGUGUUCUUCAUAGAUUAACUUUUAUUUACUUACUAUUUAGUUGCGAUGCAAUACAACUGCCUUGUAAUACAAAUAACAGUGUUGAGUCGACAUUCAUCUCUAUAUAUAUAAAAAAAUAUAUAGUUGGAAUAGUAUUUACUUCUGGGCUGACAUUGCACUGUAUUACAUCACAGGUGUUUUUAAAUGUUCCAGUCACCGAGUGUAUUUAAAUCAAUAUAACAAUAUAGAAUUUUCUCUCAUAUAUAUAUACUUGUAUAUGUUGUUUGUGAAUACAAUGCUGAUUGCACACUGUACAAACAUGUUGUGUCUCAUCCAAUAAAUCAUAAUUCCAGUCCCAUUUAUUGAGACAGAAUUAAAGAAUUCA